UUGUUGUUACUGGUCAUAGUUUAGGUGGAGCCUUAGCUGUAUUUGCCGCUCUCGAUAUUAAACAAUUCUUUAAGGAAUGUAAUUCGUAUGGAGAACGUUUGUACUGCUCUGAUUCAGCUGAUGAUCAUGAUGGUCCAUACUGGGGUCUUCUUAGAAGUGAUAAAUGGU